CACGCGCGCAGCUUCUCUCCUGCUGACGUCACAGUUCCAUGAGGGGAAGAUGGCGGCCGUGUUAGAGCGCAGCUUCAUAGAGAUCUGCGGGUUCGAGCGGGAGACCGUGCAGAGGUUCCGGGAGGUCACCGUGAGCCUCGGUCUGAGCGCUCUUCCUGGAGGUGUGAAGUUUCCUGAUGGCGCUGGGGCCUUUCAUUAUGAGGAGAGCGGGAAGCUGCUGUCCGUCACCAGUAACAGAUUCAUCCAUUGGUCCACGUCAGGGGACACGGUGCAGCUGGUCGAGCAGUCUUUGGACACCAAUCUGCUUAACAACGCUGUUAAACUGAAGUUCAGCCACUGCACCGUGCUGCCCGGAGGAGUCCACAUCCAGGAGACCCUCAACAAUGUCAUCAUCCUCAUCGCCACCAAUCUGAGCGUCCACAGACUUCUACUGCCACACCCCACACGCAUGUACCGCAGUGAGCUGGUCACGGAGCUUCACAUGCAGUCGAUCUUCACGGAUGUGGGGAAGCUGAGUCUGCAGGAGCCGUCUCACAGUGCCGUUAUACCUAGCUCGGUGGGUCAGACGGGAAGUCCCAGCACGUCCACCUCCUGGCUCAGUCAGUCUGGAGAGGCUCACUACGCCCUGGCUUCACCUGCUGGAGGCAUCAUGGUGGUCACACUGCCACCCCACAACACACAUGGCGGUGUGUCGGUGCUGGAGCUGAAGAGGAACUCCAUGAUGCAGAGGUUGUCCGGCUGGAUGCCCACAGCAAUCCGUGGAGACCAGAGUCCGUCUGAUCUGGUCCUCAGUCUGGCUGUCAGAGAGCUGGAGGAAGACUCAUUCAUCUUCGCCCUCUGUCAGGAUCACAAGCUGCGCAUGUGGUCAUUCAGGGAGCAGGCGUGUCUGCUGGAGGCGGACAUGUUGGAAUACAUGCCGGCUUGUAAAGGAGUGAAGCGUCUGGCCGGUCAGGGUCACCGUCUGAGGCUGGCCUUCUCCUCCACCACCGGCCUCUGUCUGGCUGUCUACCUGGCCGUACCUCAGAGAGGACAGUUCACUGUCCUGCAGCUAGUCAUCACCGACAACAACCGCUACAGCCUCGACCACAUCUCCUCUCUGUUCUCCACACAGGAGACUCUGGUGGAUUUCACUCUAACCUCCACAGAUGUCUGGGCUGUGUGGGUGGAUGACUCCAACACCACCGUGGUCAAAUACAUCAACUUUGAACAUAACACAGCCGGGCAGUGGAACCAGGUCUUUGUUCAGCCACCGCCUGAAGAAGAAGUUCACAUUGGAGUCGACCAGGACCCCAGAGAGACAUACCUGGAGGUUCUCUUCUCUCCUCUACGCUUCACAGCUUCAGCCAUCGUUAAAGCUCUGCAGAUCUACCGCAGAGGCUCAGAGAGAAUCACUAAUUGGUCCUGGGAGGCACUGAAGAAGGAGGUGACUGUGGCUGUGGAGAGUGAGCUGCAGAGCAGUGUGACAGAGUUUGAGUUUUCUCAGGAAGAGUAUCGUCAGCUGCAGGUGGAGUUCUGGUCCAAAUUCUACGCCUGUUGUCUUCAGUACCAGGAGGCUCAGUCCAUGCCUCUGGGUCUGACAGUGAGCCAGCACACCAGCAUGGUCUGUCUGCUCAAAAAGGGCUUCGUGUCAUUCCUGCUGCCGUGUUUCGCAGUUGAUCACCUGUACCUGUCUUACGAUGAGUACCUGUCCUCAGAGGAGGACACGCCCAUCACUGAAGACCCAGAGGUCGGCCAUGACGUGCUGCAGCUGGUUCAGUGUUUACGGAUGGUCAGUGAUGCAGUUUCUGGAGAGAUGGCGUACGAGAUGGAGAAAGCUCUGGAACAUCUUCAGUCACCUGAGAGGGCUGCAGAACUCGUCCUGGAGAACAUGCUCUCCAAUGACAAUGACAGCGUGAUCGAGGACAUCCAGAACAAACUGCAGGACAUUCGUAACCCAAUGGCCGCCAUGAUGGUCCUGCUGAGGGAGAUGGACCUAGAGACGGACUCAGAGGUCGGAGGAGACGGACCCGCACUCGGUCACAGUCUGAACAUGAGGAUCAACCUGUCUCAGCUGUAUGGCAGCAGUUCAGCCGUGUCUGUCGUCUGUCAGGCAGUCUGUCACAUGACCAUGACUAGAGCGCUGUUCUGCAGAGACCUGCUGAUCCUCCAGAAACUCUACCUACGCUUUGGAGACAACGUGUUUCUGGGUGGAGGUGCUCAGCUGUUGCAGCUCCAGCAGGACUUGAUUCCUCGCAGCUCUCACCUGCUGUCCUCCUAUCACCUCCUCAAACACGUCAGUCAGAGCCUGGCCUCGUCCGUCCCCCUUGACAUCAUAGAUGCUAACCUGCAGCAUCUGACCGUGUUGGAGCUGUCCGACAGUCCAGCCCUCUCCACCAACAGAUCAGUGUUAAGUCCUCAGACAGUUGUGGAGCUCUUCUAUCAGACUGCAGCCAGGAAGACGAUCAUUUCCCACAUUUAUGCUCAGCAGCAGAGUAACUCUCUGCUCCACUGGAGCCACAUGACCUCCAACGUGGUCCACCUGCUCGCCCAGAUGCUUUGGCCCAGUAACCCUGGAUUCCAGUUCCCAGAGUGUCUGAUGGCCAGCUGUCAGUACACACAGCUGCAAGAGUACGUGAGGCUGAUUGGUCCCUGGUGUCAGGUGAACAUCGGCUCCUGUCGCUUCAUGCUGGGUCAGUGUUACCUGGCUAAUGGGGAGGGUCAGAAGGCUCUGCAGUGUUUCCAAGAAGCAGCAACAGAGGUGGAGAAGGAGGAGUUCCUGAUGAGACUGACGGGCACAGACGAAGAUGAGGCUGCGUCCACUCCCAGACUACAGUACUACAACAAGGUGUUGCGGCUGUUGGAGGAUGUUGGUUUACCUGAAUUCGUCAUUCAGUUGGCCUCUCUGGCCAUAACGGAGGCCGCCAGCGACGUCAACAGUCAGGCUGCUCUGUGGACUCGAAUAUUCAAACAUCAUCUGGACCUGGGACACAACAGUGAAGCUUACGAAGCACUCACACAGAACCCCGACUGCAGCAUGCAGCUUGACUGUCUCCGUCAGCUUGUUGUCGUCCUGUGUGAACGGUCUCAGCUCCAGGAUCUGGUCCAGUUCUCCUACGUCAACCUGCACGACGAGGUGGUCAGUAUCAUUGAAUCCAGAGCCAGAGGUCUGGACCUGCUGGCCCACAACUACUACGAGCUGCUGUAUGCCUUCCACAUCAACCGACACAACUACAGGAAAGCAGGAACAGUGAUGUUUGAGUUCGGGAUGCGUCUUGGUCGGGAGGUGCGAACUCGUGUUGGUCUUCAGAAACAGGUGAACUGUUACCUGGCUGCUCUAAACUGUCUCCGCCUCAUCAGACCUGAAUACGCCUGGAUCGUCCAACCAGCAUCUGGCGCCACGUAUGAGCGUCCAGGUGCAUCUCCAAAGAGAAACUCUGACGGAGAGUUUUCUUCUGAACCAGUAAGACGUCAGGUCGACAUCCUGGAACUCAAGGACCUGGAAAAGGAGUACAUCCUGUCCCGCAGCCGUCUCACCCUUGCCCAGCACCACCCACCAUCUGCAGCCAUCGCUGGUAGUGCGUCGUCCUCAGAGAUCGUCUCCCUGCUCGUUCAGUCCGGUCUUUUUGACUCGGCGCUCUCCAUCUGUCUCACCUUCAGACUGAACCUGUCGCCUGUCUUUGAGGGUCUCACCUUCAAGUGUAUCAAGCUUCAAUUCGGGGGGGAGGAGUCUCAGAACGAAGCCUGGAGCUGGUUGGCUGCCAAUCAGUUGUCAUCAGUCGUCAACACCAAAGAGUCAAGUGCGACAGAUGAGGCGUGGCGCCUGCUGGCAUCGUACCUGGACAGGUAUCCAUCCGCCAACGGGCAGUACCACCGCUGUGUCAUCAACAAGCUGCUGUCACAUGGCGUGCCUCUUCCUGAUUGGCUUGUCAAGUCGUACAAGACUGUGGACGCUGCGUCUCUGCUGCGUCUGUUCCUGAACUUUGACCUGCUGGACGAUGCUGCCGAGCUUGUGACCGAGUAUGUGGACGCUCUGCUCGGGAAGGGACACGUAUACUACGGCAUACAGCGCCCUCUGUCAGCGACCUCUCCGUCCGUCUGGUUGCCGUACACGUCGAUAGAUCAACUGCUUCAGACGCUGAAUGAGACUCAGACCAACAGCAGCGUGUAUAAGAGAGUUCGGGACAAACUGGACGAUUAUCACAGGCUGGUGGAGCAGACGACCAAACGGAGACUCGUCACUCGAUAAGAUGUGACUGAUCAGGCCACCUGACUGCUCUGACCAGUCAGAGCCCGUCUUUGUUUUAAAGAGUUUGACGAUGUAAAUAUUUAGCGUGUUUUGUACCGUGUUUUCAUCAGAGCUGUAAAAUAAAGUUUUCUUUGAACGCA